UCAAAAGGUAAAGAAAGAAAAUCAGGUAAAUUGAUUGAGGUAAAAUUCAGUAAAGCUGCCAAAAUGAAUACGAGUAAAGGCAUAAAGGGAAGCUGAUUAAUAAUUAAGUUAUUUCACCGGGCUUGUAAACAAGUAUUGCUGGAAAUGGAAAAAAUCCUAGUCGGAUUAUUACCAUAGGUCAAAACUUUGGAGCUCCAUGGGAUUUGCUGAAAACUUGCUCCUCAUCUUCUAGAAUUUUCACAUUUUCACACACUAUAGAAAGGUUGCACACCACAGGUUAUCACCAUCUCCCAGAUCCAAUUUUGUGAUAGAUUUCAGAGCCUUUUUUUUUUUUUCGUUUUUUGGUAUCUUACUUGAGAGUUGCCAUGUAUGAUAUAGCCUAGGAUGCAGAGCCUGUUUUAAAUUUGCAACUGUCAUCUACUGGUCAGGUCUCAUUUAAAGAAUUGAUGAGUCUGUAAGGUAUAUAUAUUUCAAGAUAUUAGUAGGUAGCUGAUCAGACAUUUUCACUUGAAACACUGUACAAGUAACCAAAUAGUUUUGGCAACCGCUCUCGCCUAUCGUAUUAAGAAUGCUACUACAUUAAAAAGGCACCAGACAAUGUUUUAUAGUAAUUUAGUGGGUGCAUUUCACUCAGAAGUUUUCAUCUUUGAACUGAUAUUUUUGUUUAACAGAUUAGGAGCUGUGUGUGUCAAAGGGGUUAUAUGUUAAAAAGCAACUUGGUUAGGUUUCUGCUAUAACAUAUUCUUUUAGCACCUUAAGGGUGGCCCAUCUCUGCAUUUAGCUUGUGAUAUUGUGAGUAUUCUGAUAAAAAUUGUGAUGUGUUAUGAUCUUGGAGAUAGCCCAAUAUUGUAGUUGAAGUGUUGGCCCUCCAUACUCCUUUUUUGAAUUUGAAAUUGUCUCCUUUGACUCUAAAUUCUGAUUGUAGAGAUGAUAUUAAGGGUUCGUAUUCCUCUUUGUGUUCGAUGUUAUUGUAUCUUAGAAGAGAUGACGCUUCACACAUUUUGGUGUCCCAUCUCUUAUUGAAUAUCAAUAAUAAUUUUAACUGUCUAUUUAAAAAUAUAAAAUUUUUUAACUACAUUUGAUUCUCUUUACUAUUUUUCAUAUUAAAAUAAAAAAUAAAAAAAUUAUUUUUCUUAGUGUUUUUUCUUUCCUUGAUCAAAUAUACUAUUAAAAAUUAUAAAAUUGUAAUAUUAAUACUUUAUAUGGAUAUAGAUUUUUUUUUCCUUUUGUACAAAUUCUAAUUUUGUUUGAUAAUGUUCUCAAAAAAGAUUUUUUUUAAAAAUAAAUUAAAAUGAUUCUGAAUUAUUUUCAAAAACAAAAUUCUAUCCAAUGUGAAAAAAAUGCCUUUUAUUUUUUAUUAUUUUCCUCAAAAUUUCCGGGGGAAUUAGGAAUAUUGAUUUCUAUAUAUUAUUAUUAAAAAAAAAAAUUAAAAUCAUACCGUUUUUGGAAGGUAGGAGAGAAUUAAGGUAUAGUAGGAAUACAACGACUUCCUUCUUAUUUUUGAUUUCCUCAAAACACCUAAUGGAAUUAGGAAUGUUGAUUUCUAUAUAUUAUUAUUAAAUACACGCAAUCUUGCAUGAGAAUAGUUUCAGUUUCAGUAAUGGUGGAGGAACAAGAUCGAAUAUCGUACCUGCCUGAUGACAUAUUGAUAAGAAUCUUGAGUUUACUUCCUACUAAGGAAAUUGCUCGAACCAGUUUGCUCUCAAAGGCAUGGCGAAAGCUAUCUCCUUUUUCCUCUCUCUCCGUUUUAAUGUUUCAGUCUCCGGAUUUCUUCCAUUCACGUCGCAAAAACUUUGAUGUCUCCUCAUUCAUCAAUGCCAUCGAUUCCUCCCUAAGACUCCGUCAGAAAGACGUAAGUCUUGCAAGACUUCAGCUCCGUCUGCAUCUCAAUGACAUUGAAUCAGAAUCGCUGAUAGACUCGUGGAUCGACGCGGCACUUGAGAGGAAGGUGAAGGAGCUAGAUCUAUAUUUGCUACCUAGGUCAAUACCAGAGCCUUACGGCUUGCCGGCUAAAAUUUUUUCUACCACAACAAUUACAGUUCUCAGUUUAGAGCAAUGUAGAUUGGAAAUCUGUGGUGAUGUAGAUCUUCCGGCGCUAAGAAAGUUGUGUUUAAGAAAAAUCCUGUGUGAUGAACAAGCAAUUCGGCAACUGAUAUCAAGUUGCCCGUUGAUCGAGGAUUUGGAUAUUGUAUCUUGCGGUAAAUUGAAAAAGCUUCAUGUUUCGGGGCUUGCUAAUCUACAUAGGCUUGUAGUAACUUGCUGUUAUAAUUUGAGAAGGAUAGAAAUCGAUGCACCAAGCCUUCAAUAUUUUAUGUAUGAUCAUCAGAGAAGCUUGCUGUGUGACGUGGUCUGGACGCCCGGUGAAUUUCUGAGAGAAUUAAUACUCCAUGAUCGACAUAUAACAAAUGAUUUGCUCCAAAAUCUUGUCUCUGGAGUUCCGAAUCUUGAGCGAUUGGAGAUAGACUCCACUCGAUUGCAAAGGAUUGAGAUUUCGCAUCAUCAGCUCAAGAGAUUAGAACUAAGACUAUCUGAAUGGCAGAGGGAGGCGAAACUCAAGAUUGAUGCCCCAAAUCUCCAAUCAUUUACGUAUUUGGGCUAUAGAAUGCCUUUAACCUCUAUGAUAUCAUCUAUGAAUACUUCAUCUCUGCGGGAAGCCGAGAUUCACUUCAGGAAUUGUAAUGAUUAUAGCCAUUUUUUCAUCCUUCAAUUGAAGGAAUUUUUUGAAAAAUCGAAGAAUUGCCAAGUUAUAAAUUUACUCAUAAAAUCCAAAGAGGAGCUCAUUAUUCCCAGAAAGCUGAGGCCAAUUCCAUCUCCCCCUGUUUAUGAUAUCAAGCAUUUACAUUUAAUAGUAUAUUACUGCAGUAGAUUCCAGUACAUCAUAGAUCGCAUGCUUUGGAUGUGUCACCCUCAAACUUUAUCAAUUGAGACCAGUGCCAAGUUCUUAAAGGUCCUAUAUAACAAGUUUAGUAACAAAGAGGAGAACCCCAAGUGUUGUACAUCUUGUCCCACCAAAUGCUGGCGGCAUUAUUUGGAAGAUGUUCAAAUUGAUGGUGAUGAAAGCAGAUUGGAAAUUGACCAAAUUUUUGCGAUGCGAGAGUUAUCUAAAAAAUCUACGAAUUGCAAAGUUAGGUUUAGAUUAAAAUGGCGAUCUCAACUACUUUAGAUUAUUGGACUUCUUUACUCUCGUUUACUUUUUAAUAUAAGAUUUUGUAUUUUCUUCAUUAGGAUUAUAUUAAUGCAUGUUAUAUUAAUGCA